GUUUCCCAACGCCUCCACCACUUGCCACCCCCAACGUCUCUCUCCCCACCACCACCUCCGCUGCUCCACGGCGUGCCCGUCUCUCUCGCUGUCUCCUCUCAUCCCCUCCUCCGGCGCCCGCCGAUGCCGCCGCCGGAGCGCGCUGCUCCGAGCCACGCACUCAGUCGUUGCCGCAGAUGAGCUCCAAGCACCGGUCCGCCGCUGCUGCUCCUGCUGCUGCUGCGGCGGCGGGAGCGGCGUCUGCUGCUGUCCGGACGCCGCGGCGGCUGCGGAGGCGCCCGCUGAAGACGACGUCGGGGUCUGGGGCUGGGCAAGGAGGAGGAGGUGCGCGGCGGAGCGGGCCCGCGACGCCGCUGCUCAAGUGGGACGUGGGGAGUAGCGGGGCGGGGAAGGGUGGCGGCGAGGGACCGGCGGGGGGUCAGGCGGAGAAGGCGGCGCCGCGGGACGUGUCGGUGAGGAGACUCGCGGCUGGAGUGUGGCGGCUGCGGCCGCCGGAGGCGGUGGCCGGGGGCGCCUCGGGGAGCGGGGAGAGGGGGGUUCGCGUCAGUCUCGAGCAUAUCCCAAGACAUCUACAAGUCCAGCUUAUUAAGCAGAACAACUUGGGUCAUCACAAGACCCUUAAGAAUGAGAUUUCAAGCCCCAUUUCUGUUUUGGAGCGAAAGAGUGGAGAGCUCCAUAAGGUACAGCUUCAUGCUGCUACAGCUGUGCUACCAGUUACCACUAUGGAGAAGGCAACAAAAUGGGAGCCAGAGAACUUAGAAGGAAUGGAAGCACAUGAUGCAUAUUUGAUAGCUAGCCAAUUAAAUCUUCUCAACGAACAGCAAGAUGCAGCUUAUGUUGCUAACCUGCAGAUGGAGCUCCAGCAAGCACGUGAUCGGGUAAAUGAGCUGGAAACUGAGCGACGUGCAGCUAAGAAGAAACUCGACCAUUUGUUCAAGAAACUUGCAGAGGAGAAAGCAGCUUGGCGAAGUAGAGAGCAUGAGAAAGUGCGUGCAAUUCUUGAAGAUAUGAAGGCGGACCUUGACCACGAGAAGAAAAACAGGAGACGCCUAGAGAUGAUUAACUUGAAGCUUGUCAAUGAGUUGAAGGAGGCUAAGAUGUCAGCAAAACAGCUAUUGCAAGAAUAUGAUAAUGAGAGGAAAGCACGCGAGCUCACUGAGGAGGUGUGCAAUGAACUGGCAAGGGAGGUGGAGGAAGACAAAGCCGAGAUUGAAGCCUUGAAACAUGAUUCCAUGAAGCUGAGAGAGGAGGUUGAUGAGGAGCGGAAGAUGCUACAGAUGGCUGAGGUUUGGCGUGAGGAACGGGUGCAGAUGAAGCUAGUUGAUGCGAAGCUCACUCUUGAUGCCAAAUACACACAACUGAGCAAACUGCAACAGGAUGCUGAGGCUUUUAUUGCUGCAUGCAGUUGUGCUAGAGGAGAUAUUAUGGUUGUGGAAGAAGCAGAGAACAUAAUACAGGCGAUCAAAUCUGUGAGAGCACAAGAUAUUGAAUUCAGAUACGAGCCACCGCCACAGUCCGAAGACGUAUUUUCUAUUUUUGAAGAGCUGCGUCCAAGCGAAGAACCUGUAAUAAAGGAGAUUGAACCGUGCUACAAGAACAGCUCUGCUAUGUGUGAAUCAGAAAUCGAAGAGGCUAGCCCAAUGACUGAUAUAUUCCUGGAAAAGACAUCCAAGGUGUACUCAAGCAAGAGCCCUCGCAAUGAAAGUGAAACUGAAGAUGGCAGUAGCUGGGAAACAAUAAGCCACGAGGAUAUGCAUGGUUCAAGCGGUUCACCAGAUGGAAGUGAACCGUCAGUCAACAAGAUCUGUGACGGAAACAUGUCAUGGACGAGCAGAAAUGGUUUUGAGUACAAGGAAGCUGAGAAACUGAAGGAUGAUUCGACUGAUGUAUACCUGACAAACAUGAACCAACCCAAGAAGAAAGAGUCAGCCUUAUCAAAGCUCUGGAAGUCGUCUCGCCCGAAGAGCAACGAAGUCUGCAAGAAAGAUGUGGAGACGAUCAAUGGAAGAUCAUCAAAUGUUCGUCUAUCGGUUGGGACCCAUUCCACCAUUGACAGCGGCAUUCAAGAAAUAGGCCUCAGCUCGCCGAGCGUAGGGCAAUGGAGCUCACCGGAUUCAAUGAGCAUGCAAUUCAACCGAAGCUUCAAGGGCUGUAUGGAGUACCCGCGGACGUCCCAGAAGCACAGCCUGAAGUCAAAGCUCAUGGAGGCACGGAUGGAGAGCCAGAAGGUCCAGCUCCGGCAAGUGCUCAAGCAGAAGAUCUAGAGCUGCCACGACCAAAUAGUGAAACAUUGUAAGCCUAGAAUUUAUAAUCAAGGAAUAAUCUCAAGUGUAUUUCCAUGCUUCAUUUCUCUUGUUUUUAGGGUAACUUGUAAUGUAUGCACUACAGUACUGAAGAAAAAAAAGAUCAGGUUGGCCUUUGUGGGCCUGCUGGAGCAGUGCUGCUUCUGUAUCUCACUGUAGUCCUGGGAACAUAAGAUUCCAUUUGAUAGGCUACUGACUACUGUGAGAUCCAUUAUGAUGUAUAAUAUAGACAUAAAGAAGCAGCAGUGUUCAGUCAUAUUACUGUUUUAGCCUCUCA